CAGGCAUACAUGUAUGUGUGUAUACGUAGGGCACAAGGCCACGUACGCGUUAUUGUGUUCUAAAUAGAAGAAGAAAAACCCAAAUCGCUUUCCAUGCCCGUUCUGAGGCCGUCCUUAACGCCACCUCCAACCGGACCGUCGAGAAAACGGAUGGGGGAGAAGCAGGCAACUAGCCUAGAAACUAGAACCUCUUCGCUUUUGGGCCGAGUAAGAAUGAUGACGGGGAGAUAUAUAUCUACCGACAUCGCUAUUCUGCCGUGGAAAAGACUGCUUACUCCUUGCCCUUUCCUAGCCUAACUAGAAAAGAAGCUAGCAAGAGAGAUGGGUGUAAAGAUUCCCAGAUAAAAAACAACG